CUCUCCAAAGACAACAAACGUAUCGCAAGUCACGCCUGUAACCUAAACCGAGCCGCCUACGCGCAACAGAGGCAAAUAUGGCCACCAACAGCACUGGUCCCUGGGCGACUGGCACCUUCUCCCCGAACUCCACGGGUACAGUGACACAAUACAACCACCCAAUGUUUGUUUCCCAGCGCCUCACUGGAAACUUCACGAGCCAGUUCGAGAUGAACUCUCUUCCAAGCCACAAGUAUGAGACGCUCCCGAUCCGCUCGGGGCACCUGCCAGGCUACCAGGGCCACGUGCCCGGCGGCGUGGGCGCCAUCGCGCAGCGCAAGCCCGCGGCGGCCAUGCACACGAUGACGCACCUGGCCACCAGCGGCUCGCUGCCCAAGGGCUCGCCGCAGACGGACAUGAGCCUGGUGGACCUGCGGCCGGAGCAGCGCUCCAUGGCCAAGGUGUACAUGUACGCUGAGGGCGCCAAGACCAGCUUCCUUAAGUUCCCCACCCCCAAGACUUUUGACCACCGCAACUGAGAGAUUGACAGAGACAACGUUGCGAGAGGGGGAGGGGGAGGGUUCGCCUGGGGACAGAGUGGCUGGCAGCACGGGCGGCGGAACGGCGGCAGCAGCUCAUCAGCUGCUGUGCUGUGUGACCCGGCAGUGGGGCUGCCGGGUUACUGGCCUCACGGGCUUGGGGCGAUGCCGGGCUCACGCGCGAUGGUGGUGGUGUGGGAGCUGGCACGGCGGCACAGCCGCAAUGUGCGGAGCUGGCCUUGACAACCCGACUGCGUGUGUUUGCGAGCGCUGGGAACCGAGAUGCCGCGAGAUGUACUCGGAUGGGAUGAAGCGCGGUUGUUGGCGGCGGCAGUGGUGGCCCAUGUGAAAGCGGGGGACUGAUAGACCAGGCAUAGGCAGGGCUGACGUCGAGUUACUGACCCAGGUUUGGCGGGACCAAAUGAUCGAACUGAGGAAGCACUGAUUGCAGGUAGACCAGCGACGCCGCAUUUUGCGGCGAGCGUAAUAGUGGCAGGUGUGUGUGCAGUAGCACAGAUUUCCAACUUCCAAGCCUUCGCCUCAUUGCUGGCAGGGCGUGACAGAAGCAUGGAAUCCUCGGCUGUGAGGAGUGCGGAGGACCUCACGCGCAGCAGGAGGCGGUUGGGGUGCAAGUGCGCAACAGCGGUACCUGUACCGACUUUUGCGGUGGUGUUCUGUUUGUUUUUGGUUCAUGAACGAUCGGGGUGAAUGUGUGGCUGCCUGAAAGACGGCAGCCGCAGCCCUGAAUCCAUUGAUUGUUAGUAGUCUGCUCGAUGAUUCAUUGAGAGGCACCAGGGCCGCAAAGCAGUGAGUGGCACGUUGCGACGGUGGCUAGUAAGGACAGGUAAGGACCUGGCGGCGAGCGCUGCAGUGUGGUGUGGGCCCGGUCGGGCCGCCAUAGAGUCACAGGCUAAUGAAGCUUCAUGUAAACCGCUCGCACU